AUGGGAGAAGAUAAUAAAGAUAGAGACAGAGAUCGUGACAAGGACAGGGAUAAAGAUAGGGAUAGAAGAAAGAGAUCACGAUCUAGGGAUCGUAAAAAAAGAUCGAAAUCUAGAAGUCGAGAAAGAAAAUCUAGAUCUAGAAGUAGAGAUAGGAAAGAUAGAAGAAGAAGUAAAUCAGGGUCACGAGGUCGGGAUAAGCGUAGUAGUCGUCGACGUAAACCUUCUUUGUAUUGGGAUGUCCCACCUCCUGGGUUUGAACAUAUUACGCCUUUACAGUAUAAAGCCAUGCAAGCUGCAGGUCAAAUACCAGCAAAUGUAGUGGCUGACACUCCCCAAGCAGCAGUUCCAGUUGUUGGUUCAACUAUUACACGCCAAGCAAGGAGAUUGUAUGUGGGUAAUAUUCCCUUUGGUGUUACCGAAGAAGAAAUGAUGGAGUUUUUCAAUCAACAAAUGCAUCUUAGCGGAUUGGCACAGGCAGCUGGAAAUCCAGUUUUAGCUUGUCAAAUUAAUUUGGACAAAAACUUUGCAUUUUUAGAGUUUCGAUCCAUAGAUGAAACAACUCAGGCUAUGGCAUUUGAUGGUAUAAAUUUUAAAGGACAAAGUUUAAAAAUUAGAAGACCUCAUGAUUAUCAACCAAUGCCAGGGAUGUCUGAAAAUCCUUCAGUUAAUGUUCCAGCUGGCGUAAUAAGUACAGUGGUACCUGAUUCUCCACAUAAAAUAUUUAUCGGAGGCCUUCCUAAUUAUUUAAAUGAGGAUCAGCUGAAAGAACUUCUCAUGAGUUUUGGACAGUUAAGAGCAUUCAAUUUAGUUAUGGAUUCAACGACCGGAUUAAGUAAGGGAUACGCUUUCUGUCUCUUUGUCGACAUAAACGUAACGGAUCAGGCCAUAGCGGGUCUUAACGGAAUGCAAUUAGGUGAUAAAAAGUUGAUCGUUCAAAGAGCGAGUGUCGGAGCUAAGAAUACAGCUUUGGGUCAACAAGCUCCGGUUCAAAUUCAGGUACCCGGAUUGACAAGCGUGGGAAUGUCCGGUCCGCCGACAGAGGUUUUGUGUCUUCUAAACAUGGUCACUCCCAGCGAAUUAAAUGACGAAGAAGAAUACGAGGAUAUUUUAGAGGACAUUAAAGAGGAAUGUAACAAACACGGGGUCGUUAAGUCAUUAGAAAUUCCAAGGCCUAUUUUGGGCGUGGACGUUCCUGGUUGUGGAAAGGUUUUCGUCGAAUUUAAUUCGGUUUUGGAUUGUCAAAAAGCUCAACAAGCUUUGACAGGUCGUAAAUUUAAUCAUAGAGUUGUAGUGACAUCGUAUUUCGAUCCCGAUAAGUAUCACAGAAGAGAAUUUUAA